AUGACAGCCAUGACAGUUCCACCUUUGGACUUGUCCCACCACUUCUCCUAUACCACCAAUAAUCGAAACCUCAGCAAAAUCAAGGACUUCUACAAGUAUUUCCUGAUCCCCAACAUUGCUAAUUUCGCCGGCGGAUUGCCACAUCCUUCCUAUUUCCCCUACGAUACUCUCGAAGCCACUGUCGCCCGACCGCAACGAUUGCACCCUUCCAACAAGGAUGACGCCAAAUCGGACCGAGUGACUGUUCCCAAGGAAGUCCAAAUUGGCGACCCCAACCGUCGUAUUGAUUUAACGACGGCUCUACAGUAUGGCACCGCCGAAGGAUACCCGCCAUUGUUCUCGUUCCUCCGGGUAUUUGUGAAAGACCAUCUUCACCCCAAUGUGCCCUACAAGGGAGGACCUGAGAUCAUCCUCUCCUGCGGAAAUACCGAUGGCUUCUCAAAGGCAAUAGAGCUCUUGACCAAUGUCUGGAAUCCCGACCGGGACUGGAUCCAACAGCGUCAGGGUGUCUUAUGCGAGGAGUUUGCCUACAUGAAUGCCAUUCAGACUGCCCGACCUCGAGGUUUAAAUGUCAUCGGCGUCGCAAUGGAUGGACAGGGAAUGUGUGCUGCUGGUAAGGGAGGUCUACAAGAUGUACUCGAACACUGGGACUUUCGGCAAGGUCGUCGACCACACAUCAUAUACACCGUGACCAUUGGUCAAAAUCCAACUGGAGGCACCCUAUCCGUCGAACGCCGGAAAGAAAUAUACGCUCUGUGCCAGAAGUACGAUGUGAUAAUUGUCGAAGAUGAUCCAUACUGGAACCUACAAUUCCCAUCCGCCUUCGAAAUGGAAGCACGUUACCGUGGGGCCACAGUACAACAGAAUCCAUACAAUCGAAACUAUAAUGCACAAGGCAGAUCGUCAGGUUACGCUUUUCUGGACUCCCUCGUCCCUUCGUAUCUAUCAAUUGAUACCGAGGGCCGAGUAAUCAGACUAGAUACCUUUUCCAAGACAAUUGCCCCGGGUAGUCGGCUUGGCUGGAUCACAGCGCAGCCCGCUUUCAUCGAACGCCUAGCUCGCAUCACAGAGGUGACAACCCAACAACCGUCCGGAUUUGUCCAGUCUGUAGUUGCAGAGACUUUUAUGGGAAAACAGCCCAAUGAAAACGAAGCUCGUGUUUCAAAGAGCCCAGAUGGUAAUGGGUGGCAGAUGGACGGCUGGGUCCGCUGGCUCGAGGGAUUGAGGGGCGGCUACGAAAGAAGAAUGCAAUCGAUGUGCACCAUCUUAGAAGAGAACAAGUUUCUCUUUCACCAGAACGCAGAGUUCCAGGACACGGAAUCUGAUAACAUCGAUAAAUGGGAGGUAGUCGAUCGAGUCCAGAUGUACGACUUCGUCUGGCCAAAGGGCGGCAUGUUCGCGUGGGUGGAGAUUCUUUUUGACACACAUCCACUCCGGUCGCAAUACAGUUCUGAGAAACUAUCGAAAGCCUUCUGGAUCCAUCUGACAAAGAAACCGCAUCUGUGCCUAGUUGGCCCGGGUAGUAUGUUUGCCUCGACGCCCAAGUCUGCUGAAUCCGCGCACAAGUAUAUCCGCAUUGCUUUCGCCCCGAUGGAUGCAAAUGAUGUAGCCCCGUUUACCAGGAGAUUGGUGGAGGGUUUCCGGUCUUUCUGGCAGCGCAAGAACCUAGAUGGACUGGAUGAAGAUGAUACUGUCGUCAUGCAGAAUCUGCAAUUGGGGUCUGCGAUCAACUUUGUUGGUACCAACUGCUAA